AUGCCCUUUAUCAAGUUGAUUCAAUUGCAGAAAGUGGUUUCAGAAGGUUUUGAAGAAUUGUCUUGUCCCUUUCAUAAAGGAAAUGAUAGACAUCUUGCUGGUGGUGAAUUAGAACUUGUAUUGCAGUGCACAACCCAAUCUAAGAACAAUCCAUCCUCUUUGGAAAGAUUGCCAACGCAAAAUUAUCCACAAUAUUCCUAUGCUUCACAUAAUUUUUCUGCAAAUCCAACUUUGUCAUACUGGCCUCCCCUUGUUUUCAAUCAUCCACCUCUAUAUCCUCCACCGCAGCCGCCGCCACAUUGUCUGCCUUCAUAUCCAUCGUCACUGCCUCAUUAUCUAUUGUCUGCAUAUCCAUCGCCGCCGCCACAUCAAUAUUAUUCACCUCUAUAUCCUUUUCCUCCGCCAUUGCUACUACCUCAUUAUCCACCUCAAUAUCAAGUUCCAUCGUCCCAACCGCUGCCUCCUCAUCUGCGGCCGUCGAGAUCAUCACUUUCUAGUCUUCUUCUUCCUAUAAAAAUGGUUUCUUCCAUUGCUUCAAUUGGAUCAAGCAUGUUUCAAUUCUUUGAAGAAUGAAUAUAUCAUUUCAUCCACCUUUAAAUGCGAACAUGCCUGCAGAUAAGAAAGCCAACAUUUAAUGGCUUCAAUUUUUAAAUUUAUAAAUUAAACU